UGAAAAUUGAGACUGGUGUCUUCGUGAUUGUUUGAUAUGAUAAAACUUUGUGUAAAUAAUUGUGUACAGUCAAGUAAGGUCGUACGACUUGUUCGACGUAAAUAUGUUAUUGUAAAAGUAUUAAUCACACGAAAGUAUCAAUUUGUGUGGAGAAAAAAUAUUGAUAGCAAUAAUUAAUGGAGUCAAUUUUUCGGAAAGUGAGAAAGAAUCCACAAACAGUCGGUGGUAAACAUAGCAAACUAGGAGAGGGUUGGGAUGAGAACAGUGAGGCGGUAACUGAAGGUGUGGGCUUCUAUCUUAAGUACCUGGGCUCCACCCUGCUUGAUGAGCUGCCUCUGGGAGAGAGCUAUGGGGAGGGAGUGAGCACUCGUGCUGUACAGAGGAUUGUAGAGAUGGCAAAAUCUCAAGCUAAGAAGCUGGUGAAAGUGUCACUGAAAGUAACCCCUCAUGGCAUCAAGGUAGUUGAUAUGGACAGCAAGGACAUGCUCUUUGAUGUCUCCAUAUACAGGAUAUCGUUCUGUACAGCAGACAAGAAUCAUGAUAAGAUAUUUGCCUUCAUUGCAAGAAACACCAUCAACGAAACAAUGGAGUGCCAUGCUUUCUACUGUGCAAAGCAAAAAAUAGCACAAGCAGUGACCUUGUCUGUGUCCCAGGCUUUCAACCUGGCCAAAGACACGUGGGAGAAAACCAACAAUGCUAAAAAUACUCAACAGAAUCUCCACAAUAACCAGGUAUCUGUGGAGGGGGGCCAUAACAGGGUGACUGCGCUAUCACACCUACCUGACGGGGCCCAAGAAAGGGUGUCUGCCUCAUCAGACCACAAAGGGGUCCCAGCAGUACCACCUAGGAUGCACCAGGUGCAGUCAGCACCACUCAUAGACCUCCUCCAAGAUAGCCACCCACACCUUCCCAAGCCUCACAGUGUAGCAUGCUUGGAUAUUGACAGCCAGUCUUCUAGUCCCCGUCAUGGCUGGCAAACGUUUGAUGAGAGCAGUGAGACAUCACCAGUCCUGUUUAAUCUUGAAAUCACUGCUGACUCUGAUAACCUCGACGACUGCUUUUCUCAACUGGCUGAGAACAGAAGCCGCAAGGCGUGUUUCCCGGCGUUCUCCACGGACCUGGAGGGAGAGGACCAGGAUGAGUCCGUACAGAGUUACGUGGACCACAGCAGUGAGAGAUGUCUGGAGGCUUUCGCACGCACCAGGUCCCUAGAGGAUCUCAUGAACAUCUAGACAACAUCUCCAACAUGAAUAACUAGUAAUAGAAGAGCUAGGCUUAGAUAGCUGGCCUUAUGCUGGCUAAAAACCUCUUCUGUCACUUUGGGAGGAUCAAGAAGAAUUCUCAUAUAUAUUUCUACAAUUUUGCAGAGGUUAUCAUUAUAUUUAUAAAAAAAAUGUUCAAGAAUAGAUCUUCAUCUACUUUUA